CCUACCUGUCACUGGCUAGUCGCCGAAGGAACAUUGAGCAAACAGUAAAACGCCAAUCUCAGUCGCCCUAUCUUACGCCUUAGAUAGGGAUCACUUGUCUUAUCUACCGGCAAAGCCAGUAGGACAAUGGCAUCUAUAUAGAUAGCGCUUCUGGCGCAUCCGGAGAACGCCAACUUCUGUGCAAUGUCCGACCAACCUGUUAUCGUCUCGCUGUCCAGUGCUGAACGGGCUGAAGGGAAAUACUCCAUAGAUAGCCUACGACGAGCAAUCGAAGGCUUGAACCGCGAUGGUGUGGUCUAUCUAGAGAACAUUGUUGAUCCUGAACAUAUCGAGAAGCUUCGGCUUGCGAUGCUGGAUGAAGCAGAGAUCCUGAAGGCCAAGAAGGGUGACGACGUUUCCCAGUAUAAUCAAGGUGUCGCCACGAACUUCAUUCAGUCCCCUCCACUUACCAACCGGUCCCUCUUCUUCGAGGAUGUAUAUGCAAAUCCUUUCGUUCACCAAGUCGUUUCGCAUUACUUAGGACCCUCUCCCUCUUGGACCUUCAUUACAGGCAACAACGCUAACAAACGGACCACGGAUCGUCAAGCUGUUCACAAAGACAGCUCAUUCAUCCACCCACUCGCUCCCUCAAUUGUUAUCGCCAACUUUCCUCUCAGCGAGUUCUCGGCGGAGAAUGGAUCCACGGAAAUGUGGCUCGGCUCCCAUGCUACUACUGAUCCGGGUGACCAGAUGUGGCCUGCACAAUACCCAGCAGCACAGGCCCCUCUAUGCUUCAUCCGUCCCGAGCUUGUCGAGGAGCGCAGGAAGAUCCGUCCGCCCAUCCAGAUUGCAUGUAAGCCGGGGGGUGUAAUGUUGCGCGAUCAGCGUAUUUGGCAUGCGGGUAUGCCCAACGCCAGUGACGAGGAUAGGAUCAUGUUGGCUAUGAUGUUCAUGGCGACCUGGUUCCCUAAUGAUCGCAAAUUCAAGCUUCCGUACUUCGCGAGGGAGAUUCUCGAGUCCAAGUCUUUAGCUGUGAACGUUCAGGCUGAAUAUGUCAGUGAAUCCGAAUGUGAAGAGAGUAUGCAUCAAUGGGGUAGUGGUAUCCAACCGUCGGACCCCAACUACCGAAGUCUUUGGGAAGUCGCUCAGCUGAAGAACAAGGCCUGAUAGACCACGUAUCUCAGUGGAAGAAACUGCAUCCGCCGUGUGUAUAGUACAUAGCUCUUUACGUUCUCAUGCGCUACUUCGAAAACCAGUUUGACAGGGACGUUGUCAGCGCAUUAAAGAAUAAUUUUCUUAUCUCUCUGUUGUCUGAUUCAGACUCUUAGUCCGAUUUUUAUGGCCGAGAGGCCUCCACUGAUGCCGCCCCACCACUUGGCUCAGGACGCUGGCUCGGAGAAUCAGCUACAAUGACAUCCGAUAUUCGCGCUUAGCCAACUCGGUGGAUAUGGCAGCGCAGCUUGGGGAGUUAUCUUUAUGUAAAAUUCUAAAAUUUAUGGCGAUAUUGACGUUGGUGAUCUCAU